AUGCAUGAAAUACUGUCUAAUGAUAACUGUGAAUACUCAGAUAAGAAUACUGAAUCAGAGGAUGAGGAUACAGAGUCAAAUGGAAGUGCGGUGUCAGAAGAUGAGGUUGAGUUUAUCGAAAAGCAGGAAGAUAUUGGUUCAACAAAUAAAGUUGUGAAUAAAUGGAAUUCUUUUUUAGAAGAAGAAGAGGAAGCCAUAAGUGAAUUAAAUGAAGAUACUAUAAAUGAAUUAAAUGAAGAUACCAUAAGCGAAUUAAAUGAAGAUAUCAUAAGCGGAAAAUCAGAUUUUAAUGGUCAUCCCGCUGUUGCAUUGAAUGCUAAGUGGAAAUUAGUAACUCUUUUUGAUAAAAACAGUUUUAAACAUCCGCCCUAUAUGAAUUUAUUAACACAAUAG